AAUUUGCAAACAUUUUAAGUUAAUUAUUUACUUUGCUUAAAGCUGCCAAAAUGAGUUCAGAUGAGUCCAGCGAUGGCCUGGAGGAGCUCAAAGACCUUAUGGCCGUCUAUGCCAAGAAUGGAAACCGUCAGCCUGCCGCCAGAGAGAACAGAAAGAAGGCAGCGGUCCCUGAGACUUCAUAUGUGGAAGUACCUAUGGAAAAGGUGAUUUUCGGCGAUAAGCAGAAGUUUUUGUCGAACCUAGCCAAGUCCGUGGGCAAGAAGUGGAACCACAGCGAUGACGAAGACGCUGCUGAUGGUAAAAACGAUGCGGAGCAGUCCUCAAGCAAAAGGAAGGCGGCCUGGACAGACUCGGACGACGACGAUAUACAGCUGGGCGAUGUUAAGCGUCCCACGAGGUACACUGGACCUCUGACACACUUGCGCAAGGAUAAGUCAUACAAAGAGUAUCUGACGGCGCGCUUCCAGCACACCUUGAACCAGCCGAAAUGGGCGGAAAAGCAGCAGAACGAGGACUCUGGCUCCUCAUCGGAUGAAGAGCUUCUUAAAACAGUUGGCUUUAUCGAUCACAAGGCCAAGAAACGCGAGCUGCGUCCGAAGACACUAAACUUUAAGCGUGUCAAGGAUCUGAACCGGGCCACUUACUGCGAAGGGUUCGUCACCAGCGUGCAGUUCCAUCCCACAAGCACGGCGGCACUGGUGGCUGGCGAGAACAGCUUGGCCACCAUCUACACGGUCGACGGACAAAAGAACGAGAAGCUUCACAGCAUGCGCUUCAAGAACUAUCCCCUGCUCUGUUCCCGCAUCGCACCAUGCGGCACCAAAGCCUUCUUCGGAUCAGUCCGAUCGCACUUCUACGCCUACGAUCUGCUUGAGGCCAAGGAGUCCAAGCUGUACCUGCCGGGCGACAUACGCUCAAUGCAUCGAUUUGAGGUUUCGCCCUGCGGAAAGUACAUCGCGGUGGCUGGCAAGUUCGGGUCUGUCCACCUGUUGACUGCCAACACCAACGAGCUGUUGCACAGCUUCAAGCAAGAGGGUGCCGUGCGAGGACUGGCCUGGACGGCCGACUCGAAGCGUGUGCUGUGCUGCGGCUCCAGCUGCAAUAUAAACAUUCUGUCGCUGCGACAGAACAUCAUCGAGCACUACUUCAUUGACGACGGCUGCAUCAACGGACAGUGCGUACAGCUGGCCCCCAAUCAACGCCUCCUGGCCACCGGCAGCAACGAGGGUGUUGUCAACGUCUACGACUACGAGAGUAUCUUCGCAUCCAAAACACCGACGCCCGAGAAGCGCUUCAUGAAUCUGCGCACGGCCAUCACGGACCUUAAAUUCAAUCACUCCUCGGAGCUGCUGGCCCUGAGCUCCAACCUGGCACCGAAUGCCGUGAAGCUGGCCCACUUUCCGAGCGCCACCGUCUACUCGAACUUCCCGGACCAGAACGAUAACGUUUCCUUCGUAAAUACAAUGGCUUUCUCACCGCAAAGCAGCUUCCUGGCCUUUGCCACCAAGGGCAAGAAAGUGCCCCUCUUUAGACUUAAAUACUUCAAAGGCUAUUAGCCAUAAACAAUGUUAUUUUCAACAUUUUA